AUGGAGAACGAUAUACCUACCAUCCAGGCCCCUGAUGGGCGCUCUUCAAGGCGAGACCGCCUUAUGGGCAAGCUCUUUGGUGGUAAAGACCGCAAAGGAGAGGAAGCGCGCUCCGCUGCCAACGUCGAAUCAUUUCUUCACAGCUCCUCAGAUAAUCUUACAAUCACAAACCCUCCCCCGCCUCCCCCGCCGUCUUCGCUUCCAAAGCUAGCCAAGCUCGACACCACAUCGAUCUCUCGUUACCCUCAAGCUUUAGCUGUCAAUCAUGCAGCUCAGCAAAACCGGCCUCUUGUCGCAGGCGCACCGCGGCCAGAUACCACCAAGUCGCCGGGACGAAGCCCACGGCCCAACAAGAAGGGCCUGUCAGUGAAGUUCGACGAUACCGCCCCCGAGGUGAUCGGUGAAGGAGGAGAUGAGUCCGAGAUUCCAACUCAGGAAAUCUCCAAGCGCAAAGCGUCCCGACCGAAACCACAGCAAGCACCACAACCACCACAGCCACCAGCACAUCGCAGGGCCCCAAUGCCGCCAGGCCGUCCUCCCCCCGACUCAACUGGACCUGGCUCGCCCGUGGACGAAUUCCGACCAAAGUCGCUAUCCAGAACCCAGACAGGUUUCUCCUCCAUUUAUACACCUGCGUCGGACGACGAGUCUGACGCCGGAGCAACACAUAACACCAAUCCAGAUGAGCUUGUGUCGCCCAUCUCCGCACAACAGACACUUAGUCCAGCAAAGGCGAGGUUUCUGGGCCCAGCAGCAAGACAAGAUGAGAAUAGACGGUCGUACAUCGAGAUCCACUCUGCGCAGCAGCGUGAAGCCGAAGGCAGAGUCUUUGCUGAAGCUGCUCGUGUUGCUAGUGCGACAUCUGCGUCUUCCCACAAUUGGGACGACCCUCAUUCCGCCACCCCGCUAUCAACCUCUCCUGUUGAAUCUCGAAGACGAGGGCCUCCAUCCCCAGAAGUUCAAUCUGCGAAACCAAGUCUCGAAUAUAGUCCUGCGGCUUCUGUUCAUUCCAAUUCUUCAUCAUAUUCACCGCCUGCACCUCCUGCCGCGAUCCCGGCUUCUGCUUCAGGUCCAUCUCCGGCCCCGGCCCCGGCACCUUCUGGGUCUCCCGCUGCGGUUCCCACUCUGGCCUCUGGUACAUCUGCAGCCUCAACUCCAACCUCAGAAGUCAAUCAACUGUCACGGCAGCCAAGUAUUGCGCCACAGCGUGCUCCUCCUAUGAUGGCAUCCAGAGCUUUGUCUGUAAGAGUUGCUGAUGGUACCUCUGCAGCUGCUGAGCAAGCUCUUGAGAUCUUUACCACUAGAACAAGCCAUCUUUUUGAACUUUUUCGACUUCAUGCGGAAUCCAUCAAACCUUUGUCAGCUUGUUCGUUGAUAGACUUUGGCCGUGCUGCGCUGUGGUGGUUUCUUAAGGGUCGCAUGGGUCUAGAAGUUGCUAUCAGAGAAAGGCCCAAUUCUCCACAGGGCCAGAUGCAAAACGACAGAGAUCGUCAACAAGCUUAUGCUAACUUGGCGAAGGCUUUCUGGCUUUCUGAGCAGGUUAUCCCUGAAGUUGCACAAACGCAGGGGGUAGAGAUUGACUCUGAAGUCACCGACGUUAGUGUUAGUCUGGUUUCAGCGCUUAAGAAGCUGGCCAUGUCUAUGAAACGGAACGGAUUCUUGCCCCCUGAAGAUGCAUUUUUACCGCAGAGCAUUGACAAGUCGAUUUGGGUUGAAUACCCGCCUCUCAGCCAGGAUAUGAUUGCUUUGCUCUCAGGCAACUGGGCUUCGGGUCUUACUGCGAUGACGAGUCCCAUGUCCAAACUGAGGCUAUUGGAUUCCUUACCCGUGGGAGAUACUGCCGAGAACUUCAACUAUGGACGAGUGCAAGCCGACGCCUAUCUCAUGGAGCAGGGCCACGAAGAUCAGAAAUUCUACUUCCCCUGUCUGCUUUCGAUGGUCCGACCACAGAAGUCCACGGGACUUGUUUUCAUCUUGACCAGCCAGAAUGGGCACGUCCAACUUGCUAUACAGGAAAACAAGAAUGUCGGUCCUGUUUGGGACGAUGUUCGCUGGCGAAAGGAAUCAUUUACUGUCGAUAUUCGGCUGCGACGUGGCUUCAUGUUAACCAUUCAGCUUACGCAACAGGACUUCAGAACGCUAUGGAACAUGUAUGACUUCGGAAGCAAGGUCAAUAACUCACUUUAUCCUCGUAACGACGAGAGUAUGGUGUUCAGAUCAACCUUGCGGUCAUUCCAGGUGAUGGAUGUCGACCCCAACUACCGUCAAUUUCCUAAAGAGCCAACACCUUAUUGCGAGAUUUCACUUUUCGAAAAGAUUUAUAAAGAGAAUGGACCUGCGGCUACCCGUACAUGGCAUCUUGGUUUCCGAAUUGCCGUGGUAACAGGGCCCAAGACAAGGACGCUAAGCGGAGUUCAGCAUGUCUACUCUCCAGCUCAGCCUGUUCAGUUUGGUUUCUUCCGCGGUGAUGGCGAUGCCCCUUCGUUGGCUAUCAAGUACGACAAUGGGAAGUCAAAAGGCCGCAUGGUAAUGGUCUUUAGUGACGACAAGGCGAGAAUCAAGUUCCAUUCCAUCCUGACUGGAACAGCUUUGGACCAUGACGAAAAGAUAUAUGCGGACGUGCCCCUCAAAAACUUCUCGGUAGCCCAGAGUCUUCGGGAGCCUCUUGGCAUGGCACCGUUCAGCCGUAUGCCCUGGAAAGCUGUGAGGGUCGUCAACGACGAAUAUGGUGGGGACAUGCCUCCAACAGUAUUGGCCGACCACCUAAAGGUGGUGAUAGAUUACCAGAACGGUAAUGUUGCUGAUCGUAUCAACGUGGCGCCUGGCGAGUUACGUGUAAGACUGGAGGUAAGCAACGCUAAAGUCUUCCGAGUUCUUCGACAGCCCCAGAAAGACAUGACUAUCUCGGUCUCUGAAGCACAAGUACCCAAGGAGCUUCCCAGGAACAUGUCUGAUGCACUGCAACUGCUAAGACAUAACCAAACCAUCCGAACAUUCGAGUUCAACAACCUGAAGGACUUGCAUAACUUCCAAUAUGCGAUGACGGGCUUCGAAGUAAUCUUUGAUGCACUGGCAGUGACAUUUGCGAUUCAGCGACGUCGUAUGGUUGUGCCAAUUCACAAGAAGUGGGAAGCAGGCUACACGCGUAUCCAAGUUAUUAGGAAUGACGACGGACAGCUGCAGAUUCUGGCCUUCUUCGAAGAUUUCCAGCACGGACACUGCAUGAAUUUCCAGUUGAAGGGAACCGAUGUCUACGAGAGUGUACAACGAAGCAGCAAAUCUGGUAUCAAGUUUGUUGACGCCAAGUUCCCUCUACCACGACUACCAGCGGACAAGGAUGGCGACUACGAUGACAUGGCAUUUGUCUGCCUCGAUCUUCCGGACCUACCGGGCGAGCAUGACGAUAUUUCCAUUUUAUUCGAAAACGAAUCAGACCGAGAUGCGUUGGUACAAUGCUUGCCCGCCCCGAUUAAAGGUUCUUCAAAGAAGAAAUGA